UCUGACCAGGGCGUAUACACGCCUCGUGGAAGGUGCGUCGUGAAGCCGCUGGCUAUAGUUACCUGAAUAUGUUUCACGUUAGCACCUGAGCACAGAUUUUUGUUUCAAUGACGGUUCUCGUCUGCAUCUCUCUCGUUUUCUUCUCGCUCGCCGGCUACGUCUUCUCUCAGGAGCACCCAAAUCGCACUAUUGCGUAUAUCGGCGAAAAAUGCGAGAGGGACAUCGAUUGCAUCGAUAAUGCAUUUUGCCAAGGGCAAGAAGUCUGCCGGUGCGAUCCCUUUUACUCACCAAGCCUCGAUGGAUCAAAGUGUACCGCCACUGUUGGGCUGACCUGCUUGAACUAUGUACAAUGUCAAAGCAUAGCAAAUGGCGAAUGCAAGCAGAACACGUGCACCUGCAAAGAUGAUUUCUUCUUGGAUAACAGAAAUUUUUCAAACUGCAUUAGCAGACCCGUUAUAAUCGGCGAUCGCUGCCAACUUAAUACGAAUGACAAUAUGUGCCAGGAAAGAUUCAAUAUGUCACUAUGCAUCAACGAAAAAUGUCAGUGUCAUACGGGGCAUCAUUUCGUAAACCAGACAAAGACUUGCAUGCCGAGUCGAGCUCUAUACUUUUCAUGCUCGUUCGACUACGAGUGUUACGAGAGCGACAGGCCAUCUACCAUGUUGUGUAAAGAUGGUCAGUGCGUGUGCAAGGAGGGAGAGCGAUGCUCUAAAGGCUCGCUAAUGACGGCCGCCGGAACGCUUAUGGCAAUCUUGCUCUUUCUACAACGAAUUGCACACUAGCGAAUUAAUUCGUGAAAUAUCCAAUUGCUUCAAUCAAUUUUACAAUAUAAUAUAAUACAAUACAAUAUAAUAUUUGCCGCACAAAAUUAUGACAAUUCAACGCAAGUCAUGUAAAUGUAAGUUAUGCAAAUUACACUUUCGGGUUCAAUAAUUUAAUUAUGUUAAAUUUAAUAAUAUACUGAUUUAGUGAUUGUUUUGUAUAUCAUUUUUAUAUUGUAUUAAUAUUUUUAAUAAAUGGCUUCCAAUAUGUUUUGAGAAA